AUGAUUUUAGCCUCAUUUUCUCGUAAUCCUGGUUCCGUCACUGAGUGUGAAAGAAGCGGUGAAAUGAAGGGUGCUGGUUCAAGAGAAAUAUCGAGUCCUAGCAGAAAAGAAUCCGCAGCAGAGAAUUAUCCACCACCACUGACAUUAAGGUUUCUGAGGAGCAAUGUGAAAAACAAAAGCAGAGGAAGAGCGUGGUCGCGGUCAAGCCCAACGUUCAUAGCUCGGAAAAAGAAUGUUGCAGCAACAAUUGAAACUCAAGAACCAUCUUCUCCUAAAGUCAGUUGUCUCGGACAAGUUCGUGUUAGCCAUUCAAUGAAUUUUACUCCCACCAAACGUGAUCAGUUAAAACAGUCACAGGGGACAUCUAGUAAACUCAAUUUGCGAAAAUUGGCCUCGUGUUUCUGGUUCGGGUGGUGUAAGAAAGUUGAUGUUAAAGAGAAUUCAUCAGAAUCAGAUACAAGGGGUCAUUUUAAUGAUGGUGAAAUUGUCAAUGAAGGCGGAGAAGCUGAUCAGAUAGAAGCAAAACAAGACAAUGAAGAGGUUAUAAGAGGCACAUCAUCAAUACCUAAGAAUGCAUUGUUGUUGACUCGGUGUAGGUCUGCACCUUUCAGGUCUUCGUCUAAUAAAAUCGAAGCUGAACUGAAGAUGACAAGUCGCUGGUGCGAUUUUGAUCGGCAAGAGAGGGAAGGUGGAAAACAGAUGAGCAGAAAAUUACAAAGUGGAGGAGAAAGUGAACAAAUUGGUGCAAUGGGGAAGCGGGUAGGAGAAUCGAGUGUCGAAAAAAGCAUGGAGCAAGAAGGUGUGACUCAUCCGCUUCUUCUUAUGAGGUGCAAAUCAGCAUCAGCAUCAAGAACUGGGAAGGAGCUUGCUUAA